AUGAAUUCGCAGAUGCAGCUAAUUGUGUCCGAGGUAUCUUCAUUGUCGUCUAGGGUGACAGUCGAGAGUGCCGAACGAGGGAUUGAGACCAAGGAGGCCCAGUGCUGCCGCUUCGGUCGCAUCGUGUCGCAGCACAUAGGCAGCCCUGUAACACAGCCCAUACAUAAUACAGCAGGUGUUGGAGAGCUUCGAACGAGGCGCGGUCCAUCGUCGCAUCGUAUGGUGACUGAGCCUCUGAUGGGAUGGGAGAGUGGGGCUGCGCCGGCGAAAUGGACUCCGUCGUUGCCUCCGAGCUGGACACAGACUCCACAUGGGAGGCAGCUGUCCACGCUUGUGUCAGCGGAUGAGACGGUCUCGGUCGAGGGCGCCACGCUGCCGGCGGCGGCCUGUCGCUCGGAGAGGCGCUCGAUUGAGCCCAUGAGUGCCGUGUUAUACAUUGCCGGGACGUCAGGCAUGGACGCUCGCGAACACAUGUUGGGAAAUGCGCGUGGGUCCGCGCCGCUGAGAGUGACGGAGCAAGAGGAUGCGGCGGAACUGAUAGACAUAGGUGUAGGCGACCGGGGAGACAUAGCCACUGGCGAAGGCACCUGGGAGCUGCGCUGCCAUUCCGCGAGUGGGCUUCUCGCAGACGACGGGGGUCGGGCGACUACAGGCGGGUCCGCAGCAAGCGUGGGACUAACAGUCCUCGAGGAUUGCGGAGGCGAAACCGGAGAGGUGGGUAAAGACGAGUCAAAGAGCACAUGCGUCGGAGAUAUUGGACUGAAGGGAAUGAACACGUUGGACUGA